AUGGCGCGUGAGGGCGGCGGGCUGUUCGCCGGCUUCCGCGUGCUCGGCCGUUUCAGCGGCCACGUCCCGCACGUCCUGCGCUACCACGGCCGCCACCGCGAGUUCUACCUGGCCACCGCCGUCGGGCGCAGCGUCCACACCUAUAACGUGAAGAAGCUUGGUAUUGUUGCUGUGAGUAAUGCUUUGCCACAAGACAUUACAUGUUUGGCAGCAGACCGCAUGUUGAUAUUUGCUUCAUACGACAAUAUUCUCCAUGCUUUUGCCAGGAACAAAGAGGUGGUUCAUACCUACGAAGGUCACAAGGCAAGGAUACACCUUCUGCAGCCUUUUGGUGAUCAUGUCAUCUCUGUGGAUGUUGAUAAUGUUCUUAUUGUUUGGAAUAUACAGUCAGAAGAGGAGUAUCUUCAAGUGGAUUUUGAUAAAGCCACUUUUGCAGUUUCUGCAGUUCUGCAUCCCAGCACCUAUUUGAAUAAAAUUCUUCUUGGGAGUGAACAAGGGAGCUUGCAGCUAUGGAAUAUAAGAUCCAACAAACUCUUGUACUCAUUUCCAGGAUGGCACUUAGCGGUCACAACUCUUGAACAAGCUCCAGCAGUGGAUGUUGUUGCAGUCGGUCUUGUAUCUGGUCAUAUCAUUGUACAUAAUAUUAAGUUUGAUGAAACUCUGAUGAAAUUUCAACAAGACUGGGGUCCCAUCACAGCAAUAUCUUUUCGUACAGAUGGACACCCAGUAAUGGCAGCUGGUAGCCCAAUUGGACACAUUGCUUUGUGGGAUCUAGAAGAGAAGAAACUAAUGUGUCAGAUGCAAGAUGCCCAUUCCACAGCAAUAGCUGGCAUGUCAUUUGUCCCUGGAGAGCCACUUCUUAUUACUAAUGGUGCUGAUAACGCUAUACGGGUGUGGAUUUUUGAUGGACCUGGUGGUACAGGACGUGUAUUGAGAAGCCGAAUGGGACAUAGUGCACCACCAACAAAAAUCAGAUACCAUGGGCAAAACGGAGAGCAAAUUCUUAGUGCAGGUCAAGACGGAACAUUGCAGUCUUUUUCAACAGUGCAUGAAAAGUUCAAUAAAAGUUUAGGACGUGGUUCGAUUAACAAAAAGAAAUCGAAAAAGAAAGGUCUUAAGCUUGAUACAAUGGCACUUCCACCAAUUACAGUCUUUGCUUCAGAAGUGGCACAUCAGAGUGACUGGGAUAGUAUUGUUGCCUGCCAUCAAGGGUAUAUAACCUGUACAACCUGGAACUAUCAGAAAACUUCCAUGGGAGCUCAUAAACUGAGGCCAGAAGAAUUCAGCAAACACAAACCUAUUGAUAUAUAUGCAACAGCAGUUGACAUUACCUCAUGUGGGAACUUUGCUGUAAUUGGGCUGUCAACUGGACGGGUAGAUGUGUAUAACAUGCAGUCUGGCAUUCACAGAGGGAGUUAUGGCAACGAAAGAGCACAUGAGGGCGCCAUUAGGGGGGUAGCAGUGGAUGGAUUAAACCAGCUGAUAAUCACAGCUGGUAGUGAAGGAUUAAUUAAAUUUUGGAAAUUCAAAACUAAAGAUCUAGUUUACUCCACUGAGCUUUCUUCUUCUCCAAGUGGGAUUCUGCUUCACCGAGACAGUGGUAUUCUGGGAAUUGCCCUUGAUGACUUCAGUAUUAGUGUUUUGGAUAUAGAGACCCGGAAGAUUGUCAGGACGUUCUCAGGACACCAUGGAAGGAUUAAUGACAUGACUUUCAGUCCUGAUGGUCGUUGGCUAAUAACUUCAGCAAUGGACUGUACAAUUAAGACUUGGGACCUUCCCUCUGGAUGCCUCAUAGAUUGUUUUUUGGUAGACUCUGCAGCUGUGAGCCUUACUAUGUCUCCUACAGGAGAUUUUCUAGCUUCAACACAUGUGGAUGAUCUUGGAAUUUAUUUGUGGUCAAACCGUUCUCUGUAUUCACUUGUCUCUUUACGGCCUCUUCCGGCAGAUUAUGAACCUUCUAUGGUGACACGCCCUAGCACCUGCCCUGUGCAAGAUGUGGAUGUGGCAGGAGAUGAAGAAACAUGUGAUGAAAUGAUAGAAUAUGUCUCACCUGAGCAACUGGGAGAGCAGCUGGUGACCCUUUCCUCAUUACCGGAAUCAAGGUGGAAAAAUCUCCUCAGUCUUGAUGUUAUCAAGAAAAAAAAUAAACCAAGAGAGCCACCAAAAGUUCCCAAGUCAGCCCCUUUCUUCAUCCCAACAGUUCCUGGUCUUAUACCCCAAUACAUUGCUCCAGAGGAAGAAAAUGAUACACAGUCAAAGGUAGUAAACCUUGGAGUACUGGCACAGAAAUCUGAUUUCUACAUUCAUCUUGAAGAAGCCCUGCGCACUAAUGAAUAUACAGCUCCAUUUAACUUACUGAAAAGCUUGGGACCAUCUAAUAUUGAGAUAGAACUAAGGGGUUUGACCCCUGAAGGUGGUGGCUCAACGGAGGUGAUGCUAAGCUUUUUGAGAAUGAUUGGGUUGAUGCUGAACAACAAGUACAACUUUGAACUUGCUCAGGCAUACCUUGCACUAUUUUUAAAGUUACACCUUAAGAUUCUCUCAUCAGAGCCAAACCUAUUGGAAGAAGUAUCCAGAUUGUCAAUACAACUUGAGGAAACUUGGAUUCAUUUGCGCACUCUAUUCAAUCAGAGUCUGUGUGUGUUAACAUACAUGAAAAGUGCUUUGCUGUAAAAUACUUAAGGGUUUUGCUGCAUAAAGCUCCCCUUGGAAUAAUAAUACAAUUUAUUACCAAAAAUACUGGAUUCGAAGAACUAUACUGGGACUUGUGAUGCUGCAUUUUAUACAUCCGUGUAUGGCAAAGUAUUUUAGAACGUGCAUAACUGCGUAUUUUUAUUCACUUCAUUCAGAGCAAAAAUUAAUAUGUGCAGCUUAAAUAUUCAUGUUGUAUUCAUCUGUGCUGUCAAUGAACAAACAGUUGGAUGGCUAUAGGUAAGGUAUCUAGUUACCUUAUGCUUUCAUGACCAAAAAUGUAAAUCAGAAUGAAGAAAUUACUUGCAAAAAAAACCCCAAAACCUGGGAAUGUAAUUUCUGUGCAGGAGACCAAAACCUGUAUUUUGCUUAAUAAACAAUUACUGUUGAUGCAAAAAUAAAACAAAAAGUCUGAAUUAUUGACAAUUUAUUAACCUUAGUUUAAAGCAAAUGAAUAUAAAAAUUUAAUUCCUCUGCAAUCAGAGCACUUUUCCUGUCAAGUUUGUAAAAAUUAGUUUUCUUCUCCCUUUGGCAAGCUGCGUUCACUAUUUUGCCUCAGACACCUAUUUCUGAAAGCAAAGAUUUCUAGCUGCACUACAAAUGAUGGAACUUGAAAAAAACAAAAACUAAACCAAAAAAACCCCACCCAUUUUUUAUAACCAGGUUUCUUGCUCUAAUUUUGGAGGCUCAAUUUCUUAUGAAAAUUAGUAUUCUUUUCUUAAGGAGAUAAAGAUUACUGGAAUAAAAGCUUUGAGUUGUGGGGAAUUCUUAAAUGAAUCAGAUGUUAUUUUUAUGAAAUGAUAUUUAGAUUUCAAAUAAUAAGGUUUGGGCCGAUUUUGGGAACUCAUGGAUGGGAUUAUCUUAAAACUUAAGCUUUGCUGUUUGAGAGUACCUGAACAAGGCCUUUGCUCUUUCACAUGCUCCAGCUACAGACACAGACUAACAGAGUAACUAAUACAAAUGUGUGCAAUUUUGAUGAGAAAACUUGAAAGAUGGGUUCAUUGCAUUUGGCAUAAGACUGAAACAGUAGUGUGGUUUUGUUGUUCUAGAUAUGUGAUUUUUUUUUUAAUGCCAUCACAUUAUGGAACUCAUUUUAGUCAUAUAUCCUGGAACAAAUUAUCUGCAAACAUGUACAUGCAGUGUAGGGUACAGAAUACUGCCUGAAACAAGCAACAAUUCAACACGUAUCAUGAGAUCAGCAUCCUUUUGACAGCUCAGAUUUGCAAGAAAGGUCGUCAGGAUUAUCAAAGGAGUGCAGAGGUGAUAGGAAGUCAGCUUUUACAGCUUCUCUGUGUUGUUCGGGCUGUUCUUCAUCCAUAACUUUGACUCAUGUUAAAGCUUGAAGAGAACAGAGAAAUACUAGGGAAGUUUACGGACUGGCAUUCUAGUCAGUUAGGACUGAGAAUGUGGAGUCCCCGGGAAUGAUGUACACCUGAGGUUUUUUUAUGAAGUUUACUACUGAGAUUUAAGAAGAUCCUUUGUACCAUAGAAUGAUUAGCUUCUGGUGAUAAUGGUUCUCAAAAACCCAUUACUCCCAAUUUCUUGAAUGGAUCUAAAACAGUCCGAAAUCCCUCAAACUUCAAUGUAAUAUAUAAUAAGCCUCUGAGCUUAUAGGUGUUACUAUAACUAAUUUAGAAGAUCUUAAAAAAUCAUUUUUUCAACCAAGACAUUAGAUAUUAAAAGAUGAGUAAGUCAGUAGUUGCGGACCUGCCUCAGUAGAAGAAAGAACAGUGGAUAAAGAACUUUCCUUUUGGAUCAGAACAAAGGUCUGUCAAGCGUAGUGUCCUGUCUCCAGCUGGAGCAAGGAAUAGAUGCAAAGGGUCUAGCAAACAGGUCAUGUAUAAAGUGAUCCUUUCUCAAGCACAUCACACCAGCUUUCAGCAGACAGCUAUUUAGAUACUUCAUGACCCAGCUGUAUUCUAACAAUUGUGUUUAAUAUUCUGUGACAGACCUGUUUGUUCUCUGGGAGUUCAUCUAAUCUCUUUUAGAACCCAUUUAUCCUUCACAACAUCCUGUAGUAAUGGGAACUACAAUUUAAUUAAAUACUAAAGGAAAUAAUAUAUUUCUGUUUGUAUGCUCCAGAUCUGCUUUCUUCUAAUGUUGUAUGUCCCUCCUACUUCUUGAAUGUGAGAAAUAAUAAUUGUGCUCUAGUCUUCAUGCUUCACUGUCUCUCGACCGCAGAGCAGUUGUGAAAUGGUUUCUACUUGUGAAGGAGAUAUUUCAUUUUACUGAGUGCGCACAUGUUUUUUCAUUGACAUACAAGAACCUUUUUUGGGCACAGAUGUUUAAAUCUGUAUGUACAGGAUUUGUCUACAA